UUUUGAAGUAGAAAACGAGGGGACAAAAAAAAAACCACAACAGAUAGCGAGAUCGAGAAAGCUAUCUAGAGCAUCCGAGUUGGCAAGAAGCAGAUAUAUGAAAGGCCCACAAAAACAAAGAUACUCUUCUCUCGCAGACCCUCAAAGCAUGUGGAAAGCCAACAUGCCACGUGUAUGACAUUCGUGUCCACAUUUUCCACGUGGCAUGCCACAGGAGGCUUGCCAAGAUCGCGCGCAACACCAACCUCUUAUCCAACAAAAUCCCUUUGGUUUUGCUUGUACUUCUGUCCCUCUCUUUCUUUCUUUCUCUUUCCUCCUCUGCCCCAAACGGCUAUUGAACAAGUUUUUUUUUUUGAAACGCCAUGGCCGUCAUAGCUAGUGUUGGUGCUUUGUCUUUGCCAAUCUCUUUGUGCAGAUCAUGCAAUAUUAGUUCUAAAAAGUUUCAGGGCGUUAGAGGAGGCUUUGGUGUGUUUGCUGUGUUUGGGGAAGAAAGUAGCUUGGAGGAUAAGAAGAGCCCGUGGGGCACUCUCUUUGAUGUAGAGGAUCCAAGGUCUAAAGUCCCACAAUGUAAAGGAAAGUUUUUAGAUGUCUAUCAGGCCUUGGAAGUGGCUAGAUAUGAUAUUCAGUACUGUGAUUGGCGGGCCCGGCAAGAUUUGCUCACAAUCAUGCUUCUUCAUGAAAAGGUAGUGGAAGUGUUGAAUCCUCUAGCUCGUGAAUACAAGUCUAUUGGCACCAUGAAGAAGGAGCUUGCUGAAUUGCAAGGAGAACUAGCACAAGCUCACAAACAGGUACAUAUAUCUGAAGCAAGGGUUGCUGCUGCUUUGGAUAAACUAGCUUACAUGGAGGAAUUGGUUAACGAUAAGCUGUUAGAGGAUAGUAUCACAACAGAAUCCAACCUAGCAUCCCCUUCUUCUAGUAUAUCAAUACAAUCAUUAGAUACUGUGAAGAGGAAGUUGCCCCGGAAGAGCUUGGAUGUGUCUGGUCCAGUUCAACCAUAUCACCUCCGCUUGAAGAAUUUCUGGUAUCCUGUUGCUUUCUCCACUGAUCUGAAGGAUGACACUAUGAUUCCAAUUGAUUGCUUUGAGGAGCCAUGGGUUCUUUUUCGUGGAAAAUAUGGGAAUCCAGGAUGUGUCCAGAACACCUGUGCACAUAGGGCAUGUCCUCUUCACCUUGGUUCAGUGAAUGAGGGUCGUAUCCAAUGUCCCUACCAUGGAUGGGAAUACACAACAGAUGGAAAAUGUGAAAAAAUGCCAUCUACGCGAUUACUUAAUGUGAAGAUAAGGUCAUUGCCAUGUCUGGAGCAAGAGGGAAUGAUCUGGGUUUGGCCUGGUGAUGACCCACCGACAGCAACCCCUCCUUCCUUAGAACCUCCUUCUGGAUUUGAAAUUCAUGCUGAGAUUGUCAUGGAACUUCCGGUUGAACAUGGGCUACUUUUGGAUAAUCUUUUGGAUCUCGCUCAUGCUCCUUUCACUCACACUUCCACAUUCGCCAAGGGAUGGACUGUUCCUAGUCUGGUAAAGUUUUUGACCCCAGCAUCUGGUCUCCAAGGAUACUGGGACCCUUAUCCCAUUGAUAUGGAAUUUCGACCACCUUGUAUGGUGCUAUCGACCAUCGGGAUAUCAAAGCCUGGGAAACUGGAAGGACAGAGUUCCAAGGAAUGUGCGACACACCUUCACCAACUUCAUGUAUGCUUACCUUCAUCACGAAAGAAGACAAGACUAUUAUACAGAAUGUCACUAGAUUUUGCUCCCGUAUUGAAGCGCAUUCCUUUUAUGCAUUAUUUAUGGAGGCAUUUUGCAGAACAGGUGUUGAACGAGGAUCUGCGACUUGUUAUUGGCCAGCAAGAACGUAUGAUUAAUGGGGCUAAUGUCUGGAAUUGGCCAGUAGCCUAUGAUAAGCUAGGAGUGAGGUACAGAUUAUGGAGAGAUGCUGUUGAACGAGGAGCUAAACAAUUACCCUUCAGCAAACCAAUGUAAAUUUUAUCUCUGGCAACCUAUUUAACAACCCUUCUCACAUUAUCUGGACCAUCUCUUGCACUCUCAAACAUGCUUAGUACCACAAUCAAGGAUACUUUAAAGGUUUGGCAUUGGUAGGAGUUGUUUUCUACCCAAAAGCCCUAGUAAAAUAUAGAACUGUACACUGCUUUUAUAGUUUUUGUGUACAGUCCAAAUCCAAUCCCCAUUUUUUUCUCCUUUGAUAACCCCGGACCAGAGAAAUGAUCAGAAUUUUUUUUUGUUGCCUUAGAACUUGGAAGCCAAAGUUAGUCUCUUGUCCUGCGGCAGCAAAGAUCCUUGUACUAUAAUGACUGAUGUUUAAAGAAAUCUUGAACGGAUCACUAUUUUACUU